AUGUCCGGAUUCCCCGCGCAACAGCAAGCACAAGCGCGAAAUACGACAAUGACCCCCACGCGAUUGCCUAAUGGAAAACUUGGUGCCGCAGCUAAUUGGAACUUCAACCUUCCCGGAACAUCAACUCUUCAAAGCAACCAGCAACGCACCAUGGGCACGAUGGGCAGCUUCGCACAAAGUCUAGGUGGUUCCCAACCAGCGACGGCGCUUGAUCUUUCCGAGUUCCCCUCCCUUUCCGGUGCAUCGCAUCAAUCACAAUCCCAGAACCCUGUGUGGGCCAACGCGAGUCAACGAGCUGCACAGCAUACCCCGGUCCAGAGACAACAACACCCUCCCACGUCGCAACCCCCGUCACGAGCUUCGCAGACCCAACAGCUUCCCGUGCAACAACCGUCUCAGCCUCCUCACGAUGAUAUGUUCCCUUCUGGUUCCCAAUUUGCGAACCGGCUGGACGAUUUCAGAAACGGUGGUCAAGGCAUUAGUAGCCAGAUCGGGGGUGGGAGUCAACCUCAAACAGGCAACAUCGAAGAAUUCCCACCUCUAGGACGGAACGUUGGCAAUAUUGGCAACGUUGCCGCUGAACUGGUCCAAGAACGUCGGACUUCCCUGAUGCAAGGUGCGGGCUUUGGCAGUUACAAUUCUGGUAUUGGGACAUCACGGUCGCCCAUCAAUCAAGGGCCUAAUGGGGUGUUGGGGCAGGAGAAAGAAGACCUAAACAACACUCUGAUGUCGGGUCAGCGCAACUUCAGCGACCCGCAACAGCAAUUGCAACAGCGGCAACAGCAGACAAAUGAGGGUCAAGAAGCUUCCGCCGCUGCUCAAAGUGCGGAGCAACCGCCUCUUGCCCAGAUGAAUGAGCUGGACCGGUUUGGACUCAGCGGGCUCCUGCGCAUGAUCCAUAGCGAGAGCCCCGACGUGGCCAGUCUUGCAGUCGGACAGGACUUGAUGACACUUGGUUUGGACUUGAACCAGCCUGAGUAUGCGCUCUCGCCCUUCUCGUCUCUGCAAAGAGAGAUUUUCGCUGAUCAUCCCAUGUGUCGCAGGCCUCUCCACACUUCGUUCGCCUCGCCAUUCGUAUCCUCAAUGUCCGCUGUCCCCUUAGAGCAGGAUUUCUCUCUGCCAUCAUGCUACAAUGUUGCCAACAUCCAGGCUCUCUCGUCACGAAUCCCUGGAUUCAGUGAUGAAACGCUAUUCUACAUCUUCUAUAGUAUGCCACGGGACAUCAUGCAGGAGCUAGUUGCGGAGGAAUUGAUGGGUCGCAAAUGGAGGUAUCACAAGCUCGAGCGAUGCUGGUUGACCCGUGAUGAAACAUAUCCUGGCCCCGUCGAUGUCGAACGUGGCGUGAGUGAGCGUGGAGUGUAUCUUCUGUGGGACCACGCCAGCUGGAAGAAGAUUCGCCGCGAGUUUAUCCUCCGAUACGAAGAUCUGGACAACCGGCUGGACGCCAAUCGCACUAUGAGCCGCGCUGCAGUUGGCCAGACGCAUUCUUCAUGA